AGUACUACAAAGAUGACAUCCGCAACAGCUGCAACUUCAACUGCAAUGUCUUCAAGUACUACAGCCCCGCCUACAAGUACAAUUAGAAUGUCCUACACAACAGCUGCUCCAACUUCAACUACAACGUCUACAAGUACUACAGCUCCUCCUACAAGUACAACUAGAAUGACCUCCACAACAACUCCUUCAACUACAAUGUCUACAAGUACUACAACUGCUGCUACAAGUACAACUAGAAUGACCUCCACAACAACUCCAACUUCAACUACGAUGUCAACAACUCCUCUUACAAGUACAGCUAAAAUAACCUCCACAACAGCUCCAACUUCAAGUACAACGUCUACAAGUACUACAGUACCUCCUACAAGUACAAGUAGAAAGGCCUCCACAACAGCUCCAACUUCAACUGCAAUGUCUACAAGUACUACAGCUCCUCCUACAAGUACAACGAGAAUGACCUCCACAACAGCUCCAACUUCAACUACAACUUCUGCAAGAUCUACAGCUCCUCCUACAAGUACAACUAGAAUGACCUCCACAACAGCUGCUCCGACUUUAACCACGAUGCCUGCAAGUACUACAGCUCCUCCUACAAGUACAACUAGAAUGACCUCCACAGCAAUUGCACCAACUUCAACUACAACGUCUACAAGUACUACAACUGCUCCUACAAGUACAACUAGAAAGACCUCCACAACAGCUCCAACUUCAACUACAAUGUCUACAAUUACAAAAGCACCUCCAAAGAGUACAACUAGAGUGACCUCCACAACAGCUGCUCCAACUUUAACUACAAUAUCUACAAGUACUACAGCUUCUCCUACAAGUGCAACUAGAAUGACCUCCACAGCAAUUGCUCCAACUUCAACUACAACCUCCAACUUCAACUGCAAUGUCUACAAGUAUUACAGAUCCUCCUACAAGUACAACGAGAAUGAUCUCCACAACGGCUCCAACUUCAACUGCAAUGUCUACAAGUACUACAGAUCCUCCUACAAACGCUCCACCUUCAAAUACAAUGUCUACAAGUACUACAGUUCCUCCUACAAGUACAACUACAAUGACCUCCACAGCAGCUGCUCCAACUUCAACUACAAUGUCUGCAAGUACCAGAGCUCCUCCUACAAGUACAACUAG